AACCUUGUUUAAUAAAUAAUAUAAAAGUGAUGCUGGCUUGUUACAUUUUUACCACAGGUGACUUCAGAUUUGUUUCUGCCACAUAUCGGCUCUUCAAGGUCCCUAAAGGCAGCGCCGACACCUGCCAAGUCAUAUAUAAUGGAGGCAUCACAGGGGCAGAAGACAGCUUUAAGUUUGACUGUUGUUACACCUUUAAGGCCAAUGAGGUGGUGGAGGUGGAUGGAGAGGUCGCUAGCAUCUUGAAGCAUUCAAGAUUUGCAGAUGAAUUCACUUUUCAGCCACCGGGGGGUGCCUCUGAGCGCUGUUGUGUCAAACCUAAG